GACUACAACUCCCAGCGUACCCCGCGCCGCCCAGCUUCCCAUUUCCCAGAAGGCCGCGGGCGUUCCCGACAUGCCCCGCGGCGGCCGACAACCGCCGGAUUUGAAUCGCGGCACCGCUCGGCGGCGGCGGGAUGAGUACCCCGUCGUUGCCCCCGGCCUGGCAGCUCUACCUCAAGGACCAUCGUGUCUCCACAUUUAAGAACUGGCCCUUCUUGGAGGGCUGCGCCUGCACCCCGGAGCGAAUGGCCGCGGCCGGCUUCAUCCACUGUCCAACUGAGAACGAGCCCGACUUGGCUCAGUGUUUCUUCUGCUUCAAGGAGUUGGAAGGCUGGGAGCCAGAUGACGACCCUAUAGAAGAACAUAAAAAGCAUUCAUCUGGUUGUGCUUUCCUUUCUGUCAAGAAGCAGUUUGAAGAAUUAACCCUCAGCGAAUUUUUAAAACUGGAUAAAGAAAGAGCCAAGAACAAAAUUGUAUGUAUUACUGGGAAUAAGAAGCAAGCACAAAUCCUGUUCGGCAUCUUUAGUGCUAAACUCCCUAGCCCGCCACAAGCACUGCAUAGACGCCUUUCCUCAGUAAGCACUUUCUGAGCCCCUCUGAUGUGUGUGCGUGUGGAUAUAAAAGGGUAGAAAAGCAUCUGUCCUGGAGUGUGGCCUUGGGGUUGUGCAGAGAGAAAAACGGAUCCCCUGAGUAGAGGUGUCCUCAGUGUGCGGUUACCUCUGGUGGUGGGACAUGUGAUGGCUAGGCUGGCAUUUCUGCCUUUAGUGACAACUGAGAUGGUAGGUCAUUUAUACGGGGUGUGUUCAUGUGUUAGCAGUGGUGGAAACAGAGGGUUUGGGGACACAGAGUAGACAGCAUAUUGGGAAAGGGGCAUUAUGUGUGUUGGGAGAAAGAAGCACCAGUCCUACUGGACCUUGAAGGGAUUUCUGCGGGCGAACUUAGGCUCUUGCACUGGGUUAUUGGAAGAGUGAAACAGUGAGUCCACAAAGAGGCAGCUCCCAAGCAGCCCGGGCUGUAGAGAAUUAAGGUUGCCAGAGAAAACCAGGACUCCCAGUUAAGUCUGAAUUUCAGGUACACAAGGAGUAAUUUUUUUAGUAUAUCUCACAUUUUGUAUGGCUGUUUACUAAAAAAUUACUCGUUUAUAUGAUGUUCAAAUUUAACUGAGCAGGCUCUAUCUUUAUGUGCUAAAUCUGGCAGCUCUACAGAGAGUAAAUAUUCAGGUAUUUAAUCUAUUUUUAGCAAAGCCCUGGGCAGGGAGUCCAGAUGUACCAGUUGUCUCUGCCACUCACAGACAUUGUGAGUUUAGGCCAGUCUUGGUCGUAGUUUCCUUGCUGUAAAAUGGAGGAUAGACUUCUGUGGUUUCUCAGGUCCUUUUCAGCUUGAAAAUCGUAUUCCUUUUUAGAGAUCAAUAGAAAUAAUUCUGUGUAAUAUGGUACCUUUUAAAUGCUAAGGACAAAAUUGAAAAUUUUUUCAGGAAGUGAGAAGAAAUCAGUGGUCAGUAAAGCGGUGUAUUCGAUGGAGGUCUUGGGAACUGCAGUGCUGGAAUUGGGAAGGGGGCUAGGGAGCGCCUUCGAGAUUAGGGGUCAGCUCACUUUCUGUGAAGUGCCGCAGAUGGUAAGUGUCUAGCCUUCCUGGGCCACAGAGUUUCUGUUAGAGAUUAUUCUUUCUUUGUUUUUUUCACAAGUGUUUAAAAAUGUAAAAAGCAUUCUUAGCCAUUGGGUUAAGAACGGGCCAUGGGCUGGAUGGAUGUGUCCCACAGGGCGUAGUUUGCCACUCCUGUUCUAGGUAAAAGACAAGCUUUGUGUACUUCAGGAACAGUUGUGAGAAAGCUGUGAGAAGUCCCCCAGAUCAUUUUAAAAUGUAUAUAUUUGGGGGAAAUUCCCUGACAGUCCAGUGGUUAGGACUCCGUGCUUUCACUGCCGAGGGCACAGGUUCGAUCCCGGGUCGGGGAACUAAGAUCCUGCAAGCCAUGAGGCGCAGCUGGAAAAAAGAAAGAAAAGGAGAUCAAAGAAAAUUUAGAAUUCAGUCCUUCAGUGGCACUAGCAGCAUUUUAUCUGCUCAUUAGCGACAUGUGGCCGGUGACUACUGGACCGUGCAGACAAUUGAACAUUUUCAUCAUUGCAAAAAAUUCUGUUGGACAGGGCUGCUCUAGAGUGACACCCAAUUUUGAGGUUUGUUGCAAAUAAUUUAUCACUGAUAUAAAAAUUCAGGUCCCCUUGUGUCCCUAGGCACAUUUGCAUGUGAAUGGAUGUGGACAGUAAGGUUUGGGGUCAGAGUGCAGGGAGUGGGCAUAACCAGAGGCCUGUCUGCUUCCUGCUAGAGCUCCUGGAUGGCCCCUCUAGGGUACAUCGCUCCUGGAGGUGGGAUGGCGUGCGGACCUCGACUGUACCGUGGGGUGGAAAUAAGUUGGGAGCUGAACUUUUAAACCAUUUA